GUCACGUCACUCUGUCUCUCUCCUCCCCUCUCGCCCCUCUUCCUCCCGCUACAUUACACCACAGCACACCAUAUUGUGCUCAUUGCAAGCCACCAGCAUUAGUAUUUAUUACUGCAUACCCACUGUUGAUUUGCAUUACUUGGCAUUGGAAAGGAUCACAUAGUCACAAUGGACCUAUUUGCCUGCUGUAUACGCCCUGACAGGCACUCACCAGACUCAUAUCCAACAGAGACAACCCGACUUUUCCCCUCUGACGGCACACCAUCCACGCCGAUAAUCGACCAUCAGCCACUGCCUGUGCCUCCCCCAGAAGCCGAGUUAGGGCAGGAUGAGGAAGACGAGUUGCAGGGGAUAUUCGAGGGGAUGGUCGAGACUAUGGUGCGCCCCAGAGCGCCCAACCCCUUCCUCACUGGACCCACUGGGCCCCAAACGCCCAGCACGUCACGCAACCCCUCUCCCCGCUCGCUCGGUACCUCUUCGCGAGGUGCAAGUGCCCAGAGGAGCUUAUCAAGGGGCAGGAGCACGAAUGCGUUCCAAGUACGGAGAGUGAGGAUCAACAGGGGCGCACCGGUUAACGGGGCUGCAGGAGGAAGCGUGACUGGGGCGGGGCAGGAGGCUGUGAGGGAAGAGGAAGAGGGAAAUGGGAUGCUUACGGAGGACAACGCUUCCGUCCGGACGGGAACGAGCGACGCUCCCACGCGGAUGUCUACACAAACGCGAGACGAACUGGAGCGACUGCAGUAUACCGUCAGACUCAAGCCUGCUGAAGUUGUCCGUCCGUGGAAAUCCCAGAUCUCGCAAGGUUAGGGGCCCUUCUGGGACACCUUGGGCCAAGGACACCGGCUGCGGCUCGCAUUCUUCGACCACCCGAUUAGGACUCUUGGAACAUCAUUGGACGGCUACGUCUACGACUGAACUA